AUGCGCGUCGCGCGGUGCGGGACGCCGAAACGAUCGGCGGACGUGGGGGAGACGCGGACGCGGGAGGAUGGGCGGACGGCGGAGGCGAACGCGCGCGCGCGCGCGACGGAUGGUGCGGCGUCGACGGAGACGGUGACGGGGGAGAGAACGCGGAAGGAAGGGGCGGUGGGUGAUCCGGGACGCGGCGCCGUGGUGGAUUUCGUGGACGCGCUUCGAGAGGAUGGGACGUUGCGGCGGUUGGAGUCGGCGGCGGAGCGCUUGCGAGAGGCGACGCGCGGAGGCGCGCGCGAGAUCGAUCGGUCGUCGAGCGAUCGGUCGACGGAACGGCGCGAGAACGCGGAGCAUAAGCUGUUACAGUACCUAGAUAACUCGGAUCGAUCGUCGAACGAGGAGCUGUGGCGGUUGGAGUCGGGGAUCGUCGCGCCGACGAACACGGCGAUCGCGACGCGUCUCUCGGGCGAAUCGAGGAGUUCGACCGCGACGUCGGCUCCGUCCAUCGAGUCGGAUAUCGACGCGUUAUUGAAUUUCGUCGAAAAGUCGUGCGCAAAUGCCCGUGAAUUGGAUGAUGAGCCGAACGACGAGCGCACGCCGGAGCCGAUGCUCACUCGAUCGAAAGCGAUUCGUUGUCGUCCGACGUUACCCGGCAUUUCAAGCGACGACGACGACACCGAUUCUCCGGGAUUCACGCCACCGAAAAAAGUUGUACCGUCAUCACAGGAUUCUCUCGCAGCGGUAGAGUCUCUGAAAGGACGCAGGAGCAGCUCAUCGCGAUCAAUGACACACGACAGUUCACCGUCCGACGACGUCAAUCGAUUCGAUCGGUUCACCGGUACGCGAUUCGACGACGUGUUUCCAGCUCUGCUUCGCGCUCAGAUUCACGACGCGCUCAGUGAAUCGAACAUCAUCCAUUCGAGUUCGACCGAUAACGACGGUGGACCAUCCGACGUUUGGCCGGUGAUGCUUCGGUUUCGUUUGUUGGAUAUUCCGCGCCAACGAUUGCGAUCGGCUCGACCGACGCUCAACGCGACCAUCGGACUAUGUCUUCUGAGAAGCAUCGACGCCGAGGCGCAAAUGUUGGAUCGCGAGCUGUCUGUGAACGCGAUUAAAAUGAGUGCGAUCGAGCGCGAAGUGCGCGAGAAGUCCAUGCUCGUGCGGAGGGCGAUUUUUGAAAUUCCUUCCGAGCGCCUGCGCGAAGCGCUCGUCGAACUCCACCAACUCUCUCUCGAUCUCCUCCUUCGCCAAGGCGUCGUUCGUCAGUUCGAGUCUCAGCUGGCUCGCAUCAAUACCGUUCUCGCUGACCCACGCGUGCGCCGGAAGCCCGAAACGGCGAGCGACGCCUUUGAUUACGCGUGCGCGCUCGGACUCCAGGGCCAUCAGUCCGCCGGGCGCUGA